CCUCUCUUUACUCAUCUCUCCUCCUCUCCUUCUCCAUAAGGAGAAAGGGAAGAAGAGGUCUUCUUUAACUCACCAUGGCUCUCCGAAUUAUGGUUAUACUCCUCCUAAUCACUGUCGCCUUUACCACCAAGUCCUCGGCCGGAAAAAUAACACCGAUAACCUUCACUUCUCUGGCCGAAGCUGAUGGUGGCCUUAAUGAAUCAAAAACAUGCAAUGGGAUCAUCGGAGAUUGUGUCAGUGAAGAGGAUGAGAUGAACAUGGACUCUGAGACUAACCGAAGAAGCCUAAUGUAUGCUCGGCGAGGCCGAGCAAGCUACAUCAGUUAUGGUGCUCUUAUGAAGAACAGAGUGCCAUGCAAUCGCCGGGGAUCUUCUUACUAUAAUUGCCGGAAAGGGCGCCGUGCUAACCCUUAUAGACGUGGAUGCAGUGUUAUCACUAAGUGUGCAAGGUAUCUUAAGUGAUGAUGAGAGCUUGACAGAGGGAUCAGAAGAAGAGUUUGGGAUGAAUAAUUAAUGGAAGCAUGAGCUGAUGACGAUGAUGAUGGUGAUGAUGGUGAUGCAUGAUGAAGAAGACUAUUGUUUGGAAUUUUUUUUAGCUAAAUAAAUGGGAGUUAUAUGUGUAUUUGUAUUUGGCCCUAUAUAUGUCAUUCAUACAACAUUCAUUUACUGAUAUGUUGUUUGCUUUAUUGUGUUGUUUUGUAAUUGUUUGUUCAAGAUGUU